AUGGCUUCUCAGCUUCACAAACCUUUGCUUUGUGCCACUUUGCUGCUGCUGCUGCUGCUAUUGCUUCCCCGUGUUCCUCUUGUCAAAGCUUCACUAGGAUCCCAAGGGAGGGCGUUGCUCCACUGGAAAGCCACUCUUCAGAGUCGUCAAUCCCUGAGAUCUUGGAACCUCAAUUCUAGUCCUUGCAAUUGGACCGGAGUUACUUGCAAUUAUCCCGUCGCAGGUAGAGGGCGUUCGGCGAUCACCGAGAUAUCCCUGCCGAGCAUGGGCUUGGCAGGGCCACUUGAUGCUCUUGACUUUUCGACUUUGGGAUCGCUCCUCCGUCUCAAUCUUUCCUACAAUCAGUUCGGUGGAGUAAUUCCUCCGGCCAUCUCUGCUCUCUCCAGGCUCGUAUCUCUUGAUCUCACUAGCAAUCAGUUCACAAGCAAAAUCCCAGUUGGGAUGGGCUCCAUGAAAGAGCUUCGAUUCCUGAGUCUUAGCCAUAAUCAAAUGGUUGGUGCUAUACCUCCAUCUCUUUGCAACCUCACCGGCCUUAUGUCCUUGCACCUGAAAGAUAAUAAGCUUGUGGGUGUCAUUCCUAAGGAGUUAGGGAGAUUCCAGGAGUUGAUGUACUUGGAUAUUGGGGUUAAUAGGCUAUCUGACUGGGCAAAAUGGCACAAUCUGACGCUCUUCAGAAUCUCAAAUAACAACAUCACCGGAGUCAUACCCACCGAGUUUGGGCAGUUGACGAAACUGCAAGGGCUGGACCUCUCGGGCAACUACCUACAAGGAGAGAUCCCAAAGAGCUUCGGCAGCUUAACCCUUCUAUACAAUCUGAGCUUGGGCAACAACCAACUCGUCGGCCAGGUGCCUUCGGAGUUUGGAAUGCUGUCCAAUCUUGAACUGCUUGAUCUCUCAUCCAACAACUUGGCAGGAAGAUUCCCAGAUCAAUUAGGCAACUGCAUGAAACUCCGAUCGUUGAAGCUUAACAACAACAACUUCAGUGGAACCAUUCCUUUGGCCAUUGGUAAUCUGGUGGUCCUUCAAGACACGUUUGACGUCAGCCACAACUCACUAACAGGGGAGAUUCCAUCCCAACUCAGCAAAUUGGUGAUGCUGCAAAUCCUGAAUCUAUCGCAUAAUUCCUUGUCGGGUCAUCUUCCAUCUUCGCUAACGUAUAUGACGAGCUUGUCUACCGUAGAUGUAUCCUACAAUGAACUGGACGGCCCUGUUCCUGAUAGCCCAGCUUUCCGAAGAGCCCCGGCGGAGUGGUUUGCCCAUAACAAUGAUCUACCGAAGCAAGCGCCACAAAGUGGUUGUAAUAGCCAUCACUCCUUCCGUCGUCGUCUUCCUGCAGCUGCUUUUCAAUUGCACAAGAGAAAGAAGCCGGCAGUACCGGUCGAUGAUAAUCACAUCAAAGAAGGUGCAUUCUCUAUAUUGAAUUUUGAUGGAAGAGACGUAUACAAGGACAUCAUCGAAGCCACCGAAGAUUUCGAUGCCAAGUACUGUAUCGGAAGCGGUGCAUACGGCAGUGUCUACAGAGCAGAGUUAGAAAGUGGGGAACUGCUAGCGGUGAAGAAGAUUCAUCUACCAGACACUGAAGGUACAUGCGACGAGCAACCCUUUCAAACUGAGAUACAAACUCUUACUCAAAUUCGACAUCGCAAUAUCGUCAAGCUUUACGGGUUCUGCUCCUCUCCCCGACGCAAAUUUCUGGUGUACGAGUACAUGGAGAGAGGAAGUCUGGGAUCUGUCCUCCGAAGCGAGACGGCAGCUGAAUUGGACUGGGUGAAGAGGGUGAGCAUCGUGAAGGAUGUCGCCUGUGCUUUAUCCUACAUGCAUCAUGACUGCACACCACCCAUCGUUCAUCGAGAUAUUACCAGCAACAACAUCCUACUUGAUUCCGAAUUCAAGGCUUGUGUUUCCGACUUUGGAAUUGCUCGACUAUUGAAGCCGGAUUCAUCAAAUUGGACCAUGCUUGCAGGCACACGGGGUUACUUAGCACCAGAGCUUGCAUAUACAAUGAGAGUGACCACCCAAUGCGACGUGUACAGUUUUGGAGUGGUGACGCUGGAGUUACUGAUGGGAGAGUAUGGAGAAGUGCUCAUUUCCAUUCUGUUGUCUUCACCGAUCAACGAUAGCUUUGUGAAAGAUGUAUUAGACCGACGUCUACCCGUUCCGGAUGGUCAAGUUGCGGAUGAAGUAGUUGCAAUUUUGAGCUUGGCUCUUCGCAGUGUGGACAACCACCCCGAAUCACGCCCGACAAUGAAACAGGUCUCCGACAAGUUAUGCGUGGUCAGAACACCCCCACCAAGCCUCCGAUCUAUUGAUGCAUUGAAGUUUUCUGACUUGAUGAGCGUGGAGAUAUGAUCUAUAUGCACUCCUCUGUGCCCCGAUGCUUCUUUUGGACAGAAUCGGUAGACUUUGUUUCCGUAUGGCUUGCUUUAUUAGUGGUUUCAUUCUUCAGCGUGUUUAAUAAAAGCAUCGGAUGGUAAUCGAUCUCUUUUCUAAAUCUUGGACGCUUGAAAAGUUUGAUUUUCUUUUACUAUAUGCUUUACACUUUCUUGAGAA